AUGACUGGUUAUUGCAAUGCAGUAAGAAAGUUGGAGAAGAAGUAUGAGGGGUUAGAUCUCCACCACAUACCCCGAAUCAAGAAUCAAGCUGCCGAUGAUCUGGCAAAGUUAGGUUCCACUCGGAAACCUAUCCCCAGCAAUGUGUUCUUGGAGCAUCUCCACACCCCAUCAGUUCAGGAAGAUCCUUUUACACAGGAGCCCCCGCAACCGAUAAGCUCAACCAAUCUGACUGAGAUUGAAGUACCGGCUGUGGUCGACCUGAUCAUGGAGGUUUUGGUGGUCAUCCUCGAUUGGACGGUGCCGUAUAUUGCAUACCUGCUCAGGCAGGAACUCCUAGAGGAUGAAGAUGAGGCCCGCCAGAUCGUCCGACGAUCCAAAGCCUUCACCGUAAUAAGUGGGCAGCUUUACAGAGAAAGUGUUACCGGAGUUGCUCAACGCUGCGUCUCUCUAGAAGAAGGUCGGCUGAUCCUAAAUGAGAUCCACUCGGGGACCUGUGGCCACCAUGCGUCCUCUCGGAUCAUCAUAGCCAAAGCAUACCAAGAAGGAUUCUACUGGCCGCUUGCAAAUGAGAUGGCUAAAGAUAUAGUCGACAAUCGACAAUUCACCAAGUGGAUCGAAGCCAAGCCUAUCAAGAAUAUUGACUCGAGCAUUGCCAUCAGUUUCAUCAGAGAGUUGAUAUUCAGAUAUGGAGUCCCACACAGCAUUAUCACGGAUAACGGCUCCAACUUUGAUUAUGAUGAGUUCAGGGUAUUCUACGCUUCCCAAGGCACUCGGGUCGAUUACGCAUCUGUUGCGCACCCGCAGUUGAAUGGGCAGGCAGAGAGAGCGAAUGGUUUGAUCCUUCAUGGGCUGAAACCUCGACUAAUGCGCGACCUCAAGCAUGCUGCUAGAGCUUGGGUGACUGAAUUGCCAUCUGUCUUAUGGGAGCUGCGCCACAAAUACAAUGUAUGGUUGCAUUCGGAGCUAUGCCACAAGUACAAUGUAUGGCUGCACUCAGAGCUGCGCCACAAGUACAAUGUCUAUUCCGAGUAA